GGAGAGAAACCCUAUGUAUGUAGGCAGUGUGAGAAAGCUUUCAGCACACGUACAUAUUGUCAAAUGCAUGAAAGACUUCACACUGGGGAGAAACCGUAUGUAUGUAAGCAAUGUGGGAAAGCUUUCAGCAGAAACACUCAUUGUGGAAGACAUGAAAGAACUCACACUGGGGAACCCUAUGUAUGUAAACAGUGUGGGAAGGCUUUUACCACACAUGCAUAUUGUAAAAUACAUGAAAGACUUCACACUGGGGAGAAACCCUAUAUAUGUAAACAGUGUGGGAAAGCUUUCAACAGGUACCGUGAUUGUAAAAUACAUGAAAGAACUCACACAGGGGAGAAACCCUAUGUUUGGAAGCAAUGUGAGAAAACUUUCACCACACGCAGUUCUUGUCAGAUACAUGAAAGACUUCACAAUGGGGAGAAACCGUAUAUAUGUAAACAAUGUGGGAAAGCUUUCAGCAGAAAUAGUCAUUGUCAAACACAUGAAAGAAUUCACACAGGGGAGAAACCCUAUAUAUGUAAGCAAUGUGGGAAAGCUUUCAACAGGUACCGUGAUUGUAAAAUACAUGAAAGAACUCACACAGGGGAGAAACCCUGUGUAUGCAAACACCGUGGAAAAGCUUUCACCACACAUGGGAAUUGUCAAAUUCAUGAAAAACUUCACAGUGGGGAGAAACCCUAUGUAUGUAAGCCAUGUGGAAAAGCUUUCAACAGGUAUAGUAGUUGUAAAAUACAUGAGAGAACUCACACAGGUGAGAAACCCUAUGUAUGUAAGCAAUGUGAGAAAGCUUUCUCCACACGCAGAUCUUGUCAAAUACAUGAAAGAAUUCACAAUGGGGAGAAAUACUAUGUAUGUAGGCAAUGUGGGAAAGCUUUCAGCAGGCACAGUAAAUGUAAAGUACAUGAAAAAAUUCAUUCUGGGGAUUAAUCCUAUGUAUGUAAGCAAUGUGCAAAUACUUUCGGCACACAUGAUGAUUUUCACAUACAUGAAAGAACUUACUGGGCAGAAAUACUAUAUAUAUAUAUGAGCAAUGUGGGAAAGAUGGCAGUCCAUACACAUUGUUAAAUACCUGAACAAAUCCUCACUGGGGAGAAAUGUUACAUGUGUAAGCUGAUUGUGAAAAUCCUGUGAAGUUUUCAUACAGUAGA